AUGGCAGCAGCCCCGAUACCACCUAUUACCAGCUCAAAGAACAGUACCACAGUGAGAUACAACGCGUCAGAGUGCUCUGUCGACCCCGUUUCUUCUGACAGCUCCGCCCUCAAGGCAACGCCGCUGCAAGUGUUCCUCAUCAUCCUGGCGUGUGUGUUGGCGGGCGUGUUUGUGGCCGUCGGGUUUUCAUGGGCGUUUGCGCGAACAAACAGCGCACGACAAGCACGCGACGAGGAGUUUCGGGCGGCCGGGGAUGAGAUGCGGCGGCGAAUUGCGCGCGUGCGGAGGGAGGCGAGACGGGGCGCAGGUGCACCUGGUGAUGGUGAUGGUGAUGGUGGUGAUGGCGAUGAUAGCGGUGAUGAGGAGCAUGGUGGUGAUGCAGGUGAUGGGGAUGAGGUGGUGGCGGACGUGCGGGCGGGUGGAAUGGCGAUGGCGAUGGCUGUGAGGCACCGUGUGCGCAUUGCACAGCAGAACGACGACCACGACGACCACAUUCUCACACUGAGCGUGUCCCUGAUUCCGCUCGCUGUGUUUUCGCGUUAUCCCUUGAAUUGGAAGCUUUGUGCCUUCUGGUUAGAGCGUGCGUUUGGCGCCGAGCGUUGCUUAUUCGUGCAACAACAUUGCAUUUCGCUUCAUUGUAUUUGCUAA